AUGUAUAUGAUAACAAUAUUAAUAAUUACAAUUCUUAUUCCAACUGUAAAAUUAAUUCGACCAACAAUAAAAUUAACAUUUAUUCCUGAUGAAAAAUAUAUGUCAAUUCAUCAACAAAUUGAAAUUAAAUGUGAAAUACUUAAUCCAAAUGAACGUACUGAUUCUGCUCAAUUAUGGUAUGUUGAUUUAAUAACUGGUAAACAUACAGCAAUAUCACGUCAUUUAUUAAUAUCACCAACAUCAGAUUCACCAGAUGUAUUUAAAAAUAAUAAAAAUAAACGUUAUCUUUAUGAAGGUAAAAAUCAUAUACGUAUACGAAGUUUACAAACUGAAGAUUCAGCUAAAUAUGAAUGUAAUUGUCCUGAUUGUGAAGAAUCAUUAGGAAGUCAAAGUCGAAAUUUAGAUGUUAUGAAAUUAUCUACACCAAUAUGGUCUAUUGAACCUGGUUGGCCAUUACAUGAAGAUACAAAAACAAUAAUAAGAUGUCAAGUUGAAAAUUUUUAUCCUUAUGUUGGACAUAAAAUUCUUCGUAAUCAUCAAGAAAUAACAAAUGAAGGAAAAAGUUCAUUAUCAAAUAAUAAUAUAUAUCCACAAAAAUUUACUUGGGAAGCAACUAUAAAACCUACAGCUGAUUGGCAUAAUUCAACAAUAUAUUGUAAUGUUUUACAAGGUAAUACUGAACAACAAGCAAGUAAAGUUUUAGAAGUUUUAUUUGCACCACGUUUUAUUAAAUGUAAUGAAAGUCAAUAUAUUGAUCCAAAAAAAAAUCAAUCAACUAUUGAAUGUUCAUUUAGUGGUAAUCCACAACCAACAUUAAUAUGGUUUCGUCAAACAGAUAAAAAACCAUUAUUAUCUGAUAAUAAUGGUGGUAUAAUAAUUAAUAUUAAAAAUGAAUCAUAUGGAAAAUAUAAAAGUAUACUUACAUUAAAUAAAAAUAAAUUAAUAUCAAUGCCAAUAACAAAAAUAAUUAAUGGACAAGGAAAUAAAACUGAUGAAAAUUAUUAUCAACAAUUACUUAAUGAUGGUUUUAGUGUACAAUUAAAUGUUAAUGGUAUUGAUAAAGGAAAACGAAUUAUAAAUAUUGUACGUGAUGUUAAUCAAAUACGAUCACUUUCAUCAAAUAGUUCAAUGAUAAUAUCAUUUUCAUCUAUGUUAUUAUCAUUUUUACUUAUCUUACAUAUUCAUCAACGUUAA